AUGGCGGGAGUUCAACGAGCUUCGGCUGCAAGGGACGCGAGAUGGGCGCGAGCUUGGUUGAGCGAGUUUCAUUCUCGCAGCGGGUUGGGGACGACAGGGACCAAAGGUACACACUACUCACCCUCAAAUCCUCUUCUAAACGAAGAAGAAUUAUUGGAUUCAGACACGGAGACGGAGGAGGAGGAGGAUCCAAGUUUCGACAUCAUACACCAACACACUGAAUCUAAGUUUUCUAAACUCUCCAUCAACAGAUCUCGCUGCAGUGUUCCAUCAAAUUGUAUCAUAGGGACCACCAAUAAUCAGCAGCAGAAUAGUUUUGAGUUUGUUGAAAGCAUCAUUCAAGCUGGUCAAGUGGAGAAACUGAAAGUGGCCCAAUGUGAUGCAUGCACAGGAGAUAUUGUUAUGUUUGAGCAAAAUGUUUAUGAAACGUUUAACGUGGCCUCAAGGAGUGCUACCGGUCCUCCAUGUGGCACAAGGGUUGUUUCCGGUAGGAUUGUAAAAGAAAGCUAUGGUGCUGCUAAGCAACAACAUACAUUUACUAUUGAGGUGUUAUGGAGCAAAGGGGAGAAGCCACUUCCUCCCCUUCAUCCUUUACUCAUCAAAGGCAGAAACCUUUAUAGGUUAAAGACAAUGAGACAGAGAUGGGAAGAUGAAAGCCAAAGGAGGAAAAUUUUAUCUGAAAAACAUUCUAGAGGUGAUGCAGCACGACUUAACAGGGAAGCUCGUUUGCAGGAGAAGGAAAAGAAGAAAGCACUCAGGGAAAAUAGGGCAUCAAACGGGAACAUCCAAAAGGAUGAGAAGAAAACAGCGACAUCCCUAAUCCACACGAUGAUUUCUUCAGAGAACCCAAGAAAGCCUGACCUGCAAAAUAUUUCGAUUCAACAGGGAGGUGCACCAUGUAAAGGAGAUUUAGGAAACUGUUCAUUGAAGAGCAAUACUCACAAUAAUCAUGGAGGUACAUAUAAAGAAAACAUCAUCCCUAAUGAUUUGGGAAGCCCAGUUAGACGGGAGCCACAUAGUCCUUUUAAAAGAAGCUUUCAAGUAGAACAAAACAUCAACUAUAAUGAUUUCAGAAGUCCAGUUAGAAGGGAGCCACAUAGUCCUGUUAGAAAAAACUUUCAAGUAGAACAAAACAUCGUCCCUGCUGGUUUCAGAAGUCCAGUUAGACGGGAGCCACCUCGUCCUAUCAGAAGAAGCUUUCAAGUCAAACAAAACAUCAUCCCUAAUGAUGUCAGAAGUCCAGUUAGAGGAUAUCCUCGAAGUCCUUUUAGAAGAAGCUUUCUGGUGGAACAAGCCAUCAUCCCUAAUGAUUUGAGAAAUCCAGUUCGAGGUGAGCCACAUAGUCCCUUUAGAAAAAGCUUCCAGGCAGAACAAAGUACACACUUCUAUCCUUCUAGAGAAUUUGGAAGGCAUGAAUAUGAUCAUAGAGCAAAUACAUACCUUACUCGGAAUCCACGAGAAAGCUAUAAUUUCCAUCAAGGAAACAACCACCACCAUACACCAACGGGUGGCUAUCAAGGACAGAGGCAACAGUUGUGUAGAUACUAUACCCAAGGAAGGUGCCACUACGGAACUAACUGCAAAUAUCUGCACUGAUUGUGCAUUUUUCUGGCUUUACUUUUUUAUUUUCAGGAACAAUUAUGUUAGAAUGGAUUUUUAAUCCAUGCCCAGGAUUUUGAUGCCAAUUUUUUAUGAA